AUGGUCAAAGUCACAUGGCAAAGUCCGCAUGGUCUGCGGUGUUCCCUGAAAGCCCCGGUCUCAUUCUCCGGUAGAGGUCUAGCAACAACGUCCCAAGCACCUCGCCGUGAAGAAGCUGUCAAGAAGAGCUGGGAUCGCCUGCUGCACAGGCUCCGCGAGGAGGUACGGACUAUCGAACGAAUGGGAUCGGACGUUGUUCCUACCAUCGAUUUCAAGGACAUCAAAACAGCUUCCAAGGACUUUCGAAGAGAACUUAGGAAACGUGGUGUUGCCGUUGUUCGAGGAGUAAUUCCCGAAGCUGAAGCUAGACGCUAUAAGGAGGAAAUUGAGGAAUAUGUGCGCGCGAACCCGCAGACUAGAGGCGAGUCAAUCAAUGCCAUCCAGGUGUUUGAGCUUUACUGGUCACAGUCCCAGAUGAAGGCUCGCAUGCACCCCAACAUGCUCGAAACCCAGCGGUUCCUCAUGAGUUUCUGGCAUUCGAAGAACUCUGACGCUCUGGUGUCUCCAUCACAUCCUCUUACAUACGCCGAUCGCCUGCGUAUUCGCCAGCCUGGCGAUGCUGGAUUUGCAUUGGGUCCUCAUGUGGAUGGUGGUAGUGUUGAGCGUUGGGAAGAUAAUGGCUAUGAUUUGGGAAACGUUUAUAAGGCGAUCUGGGAGGGUAGAUGGGAAGAUUAUGACCCUUGGGAGGCAAGUUGCCGUAUUCCAGCUGUCUCUGACCUUUACAACGGUGCUGGAGCGUGUUCCAUGUUCCGCAUGUUUCAGGGCUGGCUGAGCAUGUCGCACACUGGCCCCAAAGAGGGGACCCUGUUGGUGAACCCCCUACUUUCUAUGGCCACCUCUUACUUCCUUCUGCGGCCCAAGCUGGAGGGCGCUACCCCAGGUUAUUCCCAGGAACUGACCGAUGUUUUGCACCCACACUUGCGACUCGAUCAAACCAUGGUCCACAUCCCCCAAAUUGCCCCGGGUGACUAUGUUGCCUGGCACAGUGAUGGUAUUCAUGCCGUCGACAAAGUGCAUCAGGGACAAGGCGACUCUAGCGUCAUGUAUAUUCCGGCUUGUCCUGUAACGGAGGAAAAUGCAGCCUACGUUCAGCGCCAACGCAAGGAGUUCAUCGCCGGUACCCCUCCUCCUGAUUUCCCUGGCGGUGAGGGCGAAAGCAACUUUGUUGGGCGCACGACCGAGGACAGCCUUCGCCACUCUCAGACUGUGAAUGCGUUGCGUUCCCUUGGGCUAGCUGCAUUUGAUACACAGGAGAUUGGCAUCAAGCUUGGUCAAAAGUUGGUUCUGGAGCGAGCCAACCAAGUCCUUGGGUUCUGA